CCCUUAGAUUUGCAAUUUGGCGGGUUAAACAAGAUGGCGGCUUUGAGGGCGGUGGUGUUAACGGAACUUACUCUGGGGAUAAUGUGAAGGAGGCCAUUAACUGAAAGGAGCCGGGAAGAGCUUUAUUCGCCUGGUUGACUGUGAGACAAGCGUGUGGAGCCCCUUGCGUUGCUCGCUGAGUCGUGGGAGUCGUUGCCCGCCGUGGGAGUUGAGGGGUCUGGCGGCGCCGUGGAGAUGAGCAGCCUGCUCUCGCCUCCUGCCUGGGAAAAAAACCACUUCUGGCUCUACCUUUUGGCUCUGGGUUUCGAUCCCGCGUUAAAUGCCGCUGCGGGGAAACUUUCGACUCAUCUCCGUCUGGGCGUGAACUUGUUUGAUAAACCAAACAAAGAUGCAUUUCACAUUGUUGCGUGGUUCUUGUUUUCAAAGCUGGACCAGUCACAUUGUAAUGAGAUUUUUAGAUUUUGUUAUCCUCCCACAGAUAAAAAGGCAGACUCUGAAUUCAGAAAGCAGUGCUAUGAAUGGCUAAGAAGGAUUUCAGAUGAAUGUGGAAACAGUUUUCCUCCAGUUGUUGCAUCAUUAUUUCUUUCUCCUGGUGGACCCAAGUUCAUUCAUCUAAUGUUCCACUUUGCAAGAUAUGUCAUAAUGCACCAUAUUAAGGUAGAUUCUGCAGGUGCUGGCACACCCUACCCAGAAGCAGUGAACUCAAGAUCUCCUGACUUGAAUAUGGCUGUUGCAAAAUAUCGGGUGGGACUUAACAGAUUUUUACAGUGUCUACAGAAGGAAGAUUUGAUGAUUCAAGAACUUCAGAAAAAAGCACUACUUUUCACUAAGCGAAUCAGAGAUUUAAGAUAUGAAAAUGUGGAUCUAGACAGACAACUGCAAAAAAUGGGGAAAAAAGUUGAACAUAGCCAGAGUAAUACUACAGAAAGAAUUGAAAAGGUUCGAUGUUUAUGGACAAUAGUAAUGGAAACAUUGACAUUUUUGCAAAAAGAAAGAGAAGUUGUGGAUUCAGUAGUUAAAGGUCAUGUUGAUCAGUAUAUAUUAGAUGGCACAAGUGUUUCUGUUAGCAUUCCAAGGCCUCUGCUUCAAAAAGUAGAAAAGGAAAUGUGUAAAUUUCCGGUAGGGAAUGUGUAUGAAACAGGAAAACUGAAUGUUUUAACCAUUAUCCAAUUACUAACCAAAGCCUUGGAGCUAUUGCUGCAUGAGCGCCAGCAUAUUGACAAGAAUGCAUUCAGAGUAGAUCUUCAGUAUCUUGAAGGAAACACCAGAUUCCAGAAUGAGAUUUUAUUGGGGCUGAAGUCACUGAGGCAAAAAUUAAAAUGUGAUGAUCAUAUCUCAGUAACUCAAUCAAUUGCUGAAAAACAACAGGAAUGGAACUUGAAGUGGGAAAAUUGUCUUGGCCGGUCACCUUUUCAUUUAAUUAAGGAUCCAAACCCUGCACUUGAUUUAUUACCCGCUAUGUCUCCUCUUUCUUUUACUCCGGCUACUGAGGAAGCUUACAAAAGCAGUGUCUUCUGUCAGUAUCCAGCAUUAAUUCCAGAUUCAACCAAAAAGAAUUUCCAGGCAGAUGAGUUUGUGAUAGCUGGGAAGACACUGAGAAAUGAAGGUUAUUCAACCAUAACUGUCACAGAAAGGACUUUGGAUCUUGCUACACAUUCUGAAAAGGCAUCAAAUGUUGAAACUCCCAAGAGGACUGGUAAUUCUCAGUUUCAAAUCUUAAAGUAUAAAGGAAGAAAUCCUAGACCAAUAGAAGGUGGGAAGAAAAGACAAGCUGAUAUAGUUAGAACACCAUCUUCAUCUAAAAAAGAAGAUCCUUUAAAGAAGGCCCAAGAACAGCUGGCAGAAGAGGUGGCAGAUAUAGUAAUAUCUGAUUCACCCCAGAGCACUGAAGUGAAAGGAAAGGAUGUAGGGGAUCUGAUCAGUACCUUAAUCUCAAAUCCUUUCUUAACAAGGAAACAGAUUCCACGGACUCCAGAAAAUCUGAUUACUGAAAUCCGAAGCUCAUGGAAAAAGGCUAUUCAGACUGAAGAACCUUCAAGUGUAGCAUUGCAUCAUACUGAAGCAACAGAACAGUUAUCACAGGAUACAGUUCCUGCCUUUAGAGACCGUGCAAAUUCAAGUAUGACAUGUUUUAUGUCAUCUUGUAUGUCUGAUACAGCAGAAUCUUCCUUCCUAGAUGUGCAGUCCCCAUGUAGUUUACAGCAGGGGGUUACUGAUGAAUUGCUGACCCACCAAAAAACUCUUAGGUCACUGGAUGAAAUGAUUUGCAAGAAAGGUUUGUCCCCUGCUGUUCCAGAUCAAAUGGAAAAUCCAGAACUAGUCUUCAAGACUUUAAACAAAAGCGUGAUUGAGGUGGGCUGUGGUUCUGGCAACCAUACUGGGUCAGAGGCUUUGCCACACAGUGUGGGCCAGAAUUCUACAAUGUCGACAACUCUGUUGUGGGAUGCUUCUCAAGCAAUUAGCGGUAUUAGUUCUGAUAGCCAUGAAGUUAUCCAGCUAGGUAUACUUCAGGAAACUCUCCCAGAAGGAGGAGGAUCUAUCAGUCUUAAUAGUGUCCAUGAUUUGGAGUUGGAUGACUCAAGAGAAGAAAACUCUAGAGACAGCAAACCUAUGACAGAUUAUCUGUCAGGAAAUGAGCGCAAAUUAGAUUUCCAGUCUAUUCGAAGUCGAUAUGAAGCACUGAAAAAGACGGUUCUCGAUCACCCGCUGUCUUGUGGAAAGCAAAUGCCAAGGUGCAGAUCAGAGUUUAGCCUCAGUCCAGUGAGCCUGGAAAUGAAGGAUGUGCUUAGCCCUUUGGGAAAACCAUACGCGUCUGAUGCAGAACUUGUUGAGACAUCAUCACACCUGAGUCAUCUUGAAAGAAAGAACAGUCUCUCCCCUUUAGUUGCAUUUUCUCCGCUGCAUCUGAGAGACACGCAGGAUCGAGGAGACUUAUUUAAUAAACGGAAAGAAAAUUAGUUUGAAGAUGGAUACAAAAGAACCCUCAACUGUGAAGAUGAAGCCAUUCCAUGGUUCUAUAAUCAUGAUGCACUGACUUGGAUAGAAUACUUCAUGGUGAUAAAAGUGUUUUUGCAAACCUCAACCUUUAAUACGUUAGUGUUAACUAAUACUAAUCCUGACUGUAGGCUUCUUGCACAAUUCCAUUCUCUGGAAUAAUCUUGUAUUAUCAGUGAUAAAAAAAAUACUGAUGAAUUGAGAUCUUUUAAGAGUAGUCACAAAGAGAGCUUUAAGUAUUAAAUUGCAAUAAAGUGUCUUAGAUAGCACAUUUUAUUCUGAUUUUGAAAGAUAAACCUUGUUCUGACUCUUCAGGAAACCUACAGAUGAAGUCCCUUGGUAAACAAUUGAAUAAAUCAGUUGUCUUUCAUAUUUCAUUUUUUCCCCAUAUCUGGGAAUUAAGAAGCAUUUAAGAAUAAAUGUAAUUACUGGUGCAGAUCAACCCUUUUGUAGAUUAUAUCCAACAGUGUCCAUUUUGCAGUGGAAUAUACUGGUGAGACAAUUCUUCCCUGUGUAAUCCCCACAUCUAUUCUGGAGAGUCAGGAAUCUUAUAGAACAUAGUUGGAUGCAUAUGGAAGGAGAAGGAGAAGCAUGAGAGAGAAAUCCCGUGAUAUAAUAGAAGGCUGCUGAUGCCUUGUGUGUCUCCUCUUAAUACUGACACUGAUAAAUAGUCAUAGAAAAUGGAUGCUGUAACAUUACCAGUCACCAAUGUGAGUAUCAGAUCUCUGCCAUAUCUCUCUAAUCCAGCAACAUAAGGAAAAGCUACAUAGGAGGAGGCUGGGAUUUAGUUUUUCCACCUUCAUCCCAUGUAUCAGAUAUUAGCUGAUGGAUAACAAAGGUAGCGUUGCUGGGUAUUUAAAAACUG